AUAUCUCACCACUCCCAAAAAUAAGAAACGGAAUAUUUACUCACUAGUUUAGUAGGAGCAAAAUUAUUAGUAUAUAUUCAUUUAUUAGCAUAUGUUAUCUCGUGUCUAGAUCUUUGUAAAAUAUUUUCCAAUACGAAUUUUGCAAGUUGGCAAAAGAGUGUUUAUCUUCACCAGCGGGACUAGGGUUUUGCCUAUCGAAAAAAUCGCCACCACCGGAGAAAACCCUAGCUGAAUAGGGCAAACCGGGAAAUUUCCAUCAGGUAUUUUUAUAGGUAGAGACAGAAAGGAGAAUCCUUAAGAACAAAUGGAUUAUGAUUACGUAGCCGCUGAACAGAAUUUCUCCGCUUACGGAGUCGACGAACAACAAUCUCACCACCGACAAGGUGGCGGGGAGGAUGAGUAUGAGGAAGAUAACCACGGAGAAGACUACUAUUCCGAACGCGGCGGAGGAGGCGGUGGAAUAGGAGGAGGAGGUGGAGAGUUGGAACCACUGGAUAACAUAGAUGAUAGUACUACUGCAGGCCACGAUUUAAAGCUUUCAGUCGAUGAUUCUUCUGCAGGAAAACUCUUCGUUGGUGGUAUUGCUUGGGAGACUUCUGAAGAAUCAUUUAGCAGGUAUUUCAGCAAGUAUGGUGAAUUAACAGAUUCAGUUAUAAUGAUGGAUAAAAUCUCUGGAAGACCACGAGGUUUUGGAUUUGUAACAUUUGCUGACCCUGAAGUUGCUAAUAAGGUUCUAGAGGAGGAACACAUUAUAGAUGGCAGAACGGUGGAAGUGAAAAGGACAGUCCCUAGAGAGGACAUGCAGGGUAGAGGCGGGGUGUCAAGAACCAAGAAGAUAUUCAUUGGCGGUAUUCCAUUAACCUUGACUGAGGAUGAGUUGAGGGAAUAUUUUUCUGCCUAUGGUAAAGUUGUGGAGCAUCAGAUCAUGCUAGAUCAUAAAACUGGGCGGUCUCGAGGCUUUGGCUUUGUCACCUUUGAGACAGAGGAUGCUGUUGAAAAGAUAUUUACUGAUGGACAAAUGCAUGAACUUGGUGGCAAACAAGUUGAAAUAAAGAAAGCUGAGCCUAAAAGAUCUGGGUUUGAUCACUCAAGUGACAGCAGGAUGCGUCGUGGUGGUAGUAAUUCCAACAAGUCAUAUGGUGGUGGUUAUAGUGGUGGUGCUGAUGGGUUUGGUGGUGGAUAUGGUGGAAAGAUGGGUAGAGGAUAUGGCGGAUAUGGUGGAUAUGGUGGUUAUGGUGGUUAUGGCAACUAUGCAGGAAACUAUGGUGGAGGUGCAGGUUUUUAUGCUGGAUAUGGUGGUUUCGGUUAUGGUUUUGGGUUUGGUGGACCCAUGUAUGGUGGUGCUGGGUAUGGAGCUAGCAGUUACGGGGCUCCUGGCAGUUAUGGUGGUGCUGCUGCUGGCUAUGGUAGUGGUAGAGGAUAUGGAAGUGGUUAUGAUGGUGGUAAAAGUUAUGGUGGCGGUGGCGGCAGCGGUAGUGCUGCAGGAUAUGGCGGCCCUAAAGGUUAUGGUGGCGGAGGUGGCAGCGGUAGUGGUGGCAGUAAGGGAUAUGGGAAUGGUGGUGCAAGUGGGAGGUUCCAUCCUUACCGGAAGUGAACUUUUGAAGAAGUCAGCUGUUAGACGUGAUUUGACUGUUACAAGUUCUGUCAGGGGCUAUAUGUUUGGGGAUGAUGGUUUUAGCUUUUGCUUCUUUACCCACUUAAUUUUGAAUUCAAACAAUUGAUUUUCUUAGACAUGGUUGUCUUUUGUUGUGAGAACUUCUUUGUAGCCGAAUCUGUAGGGCAAGUAAUUGCUGCUCCAUGAUUCUUACUUGUGAGAGAAUCAAAUGGUAUCUGUUUCAUUGGAAUA